CCUGGGUGUUUACAGAGGCGAACAUCAAUAGGCAAAUCCAAAGGACUAUCACAACAUCAUUAUUCCCAGACUGAGCAGUAGUAUGGCCAAGUAUACGGUUCUGGUAACUGGUGGGAACGGAUGUCUUGGACAACAUAUAGUGCGACUCCUCCAGGAAAAGGCAGACUUUGUCACCCAUAUCAAAGUCCUGGAUCUACGGAGAUUUUCCAACCAGCUGAAUUACAGAGGACGAAAGCCCGUGGAAGCAUUUGUCGGGGACGUCCUAGAUGAAGAGGUCAUAGAGAGCGCCACAAAUGGGGUGGACUGUGUGAUUCAUGUAGCCAGUGUGGUGGAUGCACGGAUGUUUCCGAACGAGGCCAACUUGUACAAGGUCAAUGUUACAGGCACAGAAAAACUUCUUCAAGUCUGCAUCAGGCAAAACGUCCGUGGCUUUGUGUACUGCAGUUCACAAAGCGUUGUCAUGGGUUACGAGGAUCUCAUCGACUCCGACGAGACGCUUGGUAUACCGAAGAAAUUCCUAUUCGGACCGUAUGGCGUUACCAAACACUUAGCUGAACAGGUCGUAGAGAGCCAGAACGGUGCCAGCCUACCCGAUGGUGGUAGAAUGCAGACCUUGUCACUCAGACCUGUGACCAUGUACGGGGAACUCGACUUCAACGUGGUACCACACAUUCUGCAAUUCGCUAACCAGCUUGGUGGAACUAUUAUUCCGUUUGCCCAUGGAACCACACAGGCGGCAUACGUUGGCAACGUGGCGUGGGGGUUUGUAUGUGCGGUCAAGGCCGUGAGGGAGAACUCAGACCUUGGCGGGGAAACGUUCUUCAUGUGUGAUGACACUCCUAUGACGAAUAUAUUUCAAUUUUUCGAUCCAUUUUUAAAAAGUUGUGGUUUCAAGUUGUUGCCCUUUACAUUGCCAUAUUGGUUAACCUAUUUGGCUGCGGUGCUUUUUAUUUGGAUAGCUUGGAUUGUCUCCCCUAUAUUCGAGAUCAACUCAAACUUUACACCAUCUUCUGUGAGAUUUAUCAACAUGAGAAUGAAUUCUGUAUAUUCAAAAGCUACUAAAAUGUUGAAGUACACACCAUUGUAUUCACACGAGGAAAGUCUCAGGCGGUCCAUACAGUACUACAGACAACCUACCAUAUGGUCAAAGCACGCCAAACAUCAGGGGUAACACUAACUCCAGUACCAAUCAAUCAAUCAUCUCGUUCAAAAUUGUGAUACAUUAAGACAAAAUCCACAUCACGGUUCUGAUUUGUACAGAACUAAGAAUUAUUCAGUACUGAGCAUUAUACAGUACUAAGUAUUAUUCAGUACUGAGCAUUGUACCGUACUGAGUAUUAUACAUUACUGAGUAUUAUACAGUACUGAACAUUAUACAGUACUGAACAUUAUUCAGUACUGAGUAUUAUACAGUACUGAGCAGUACAGUACUGGGUAUCAUACAAUAUUGAGUAUUAUACAGUAUUGAGUAUUAUACAGUAUUGAGUAUUAUACAGUAUUGAGUAUUAUACAGUAUUGAGUAUUAUACAGCACUGGGUAUUAUACAGUAUUGAGUAUUAUACAGUAUUGACUAUUAUACAGUAUUGAGUAUUAUACAGUACUGGGUAUUAUACAGUAUUGAGUAUUAUACAGUACAGGGUAUUAUACAGUAUUGGGUAUUAUACAGUAUUGAGUAUUAUACAGUAUUGAGUAUUAUACAGUACUGGGUAUUAUACAAUACUGGGUAUUAUACAGUAUUGAGUAUUAUACAGUAAUGAGUAUUAUACAGUACUGAGUACUAUUCACUACUGGGUAUUAUACAGUACUGGGUAUUAUACAGUAUUGAGUAUUAUACAGUACUGGGUAUUAUACAGUAUUGAGUAUUAUACAGUACUGGGUAUUAUACAGUAUUGAGUAUUAUACAGUACAGGGUAUUAUACAGUAUUGGGUAUUAUACAAUACUGGGUAUUAUACAGUAUUGAGUAUUAUACAGUGUUGAGUAUUAUACAGUACUGGGUAUUAUACAGUAUUGAGUAUACAGUACUGGGUAUUAUACAAUAUUGAGUAUUAUACAGUACUGGGUAUUAUACAGUAUUGAGUAUUAUACAGUAUUGACUAUUAUACAGUAUUGAGUAUUAUACAGUACUGGGUAUUAUACAGUAUUGAGUAUUAUACAGUACAGGGUAUUAUACAAUACUGGGUAUUAUACAGUAUUGAGUAUUAUACAGUAUUGAGUAUUAUACAGUACUGAGUAUUAUACAGUACUGGGUAUUAUACAGUAUUGAGUAUACAGUACUGGAUAUUAUACAGUAUUGAGUAUACAGUACUGGGUAUUAUACAGUACUGGGUAUUAUACAGUACUGGGUAUUAUACAGUAUUGAGUAUUAUACAGUAUUGAGUAUACAGUACUGAGUAUUAUACAGUAUUGAGUAUUAUACAGCACUGGGUAUUAUACAGUAUUGAGUAUACAGUACUGGGUAUUAUACAGUAUUGAGUAUACAGUACUGGAUAUUAUACAGUAUUGAGUAUACAGUACUGGGUAUUAUACAGUAUUGAGUAUUAUACAGUAUUGAGUAUUAUACAGUACUGGGUAUUAUACAGUACUGGGUAUUAUACAGUAUUGAGUAUUAUACAGUACUGGGUAUUAUACAGUACUGAGUAUUAUACAAUAUUGAGUAUUAUACAGUACUGGGUAUUAUACAGUACUGAGUAUUAUACAGUACUGAGUAUUAUACAAUACUGGGUAUUAUACAGUACUGGGUAUUAUACAGUACUGAGUAUUAUACAAUACUGGGUAUUAUACAGUACUGGGUAUUAUACAGUACUGGGUAUUAUUCAGUACCGAGUACAUGUAUUAUACAAUAGUCUAGAACUGUUAUAAAUGCAUAUGUAUGUAAUUUAGUGGCCUAAACAUGAAAUAACAAAACAAUGCCUAUAUCAGUAUAUGCACAUGUCGUACAUAGGUCUAUAUGCAACUAAGAAAGUGAAUAUAUAUUCUAUACUAUGUAAAGACGCAGACAAGAUCAGCCAAGCAUUGCCAUUAUAGUCUGGACUUAAACCAGACAAUUUCACGGCGGUGCGAAUUCAAUAGUGUUUGAUGGAUGAAUUUAAAAUGUAUGGCGAUCAAUACAUAUCUCAUGUGAUUACAUUUGGUUCUGAUAUGACAAAUCGGCAUUUAGACGUGAACUGUGACUUUAUUACUUAUCGCAAUGUAUCGUCAUCAAUGUUUUUUCCACUUUACUACCACUUUGCUACUUUAGGUCUGUUGAUAAUGUGACGUCAUCAGAAAGUACCAGUUUCAGCAAUGUGCGACAAUGUAUAUCUUAUAGAUCUGAAUACACAAAUAAGCAACAGAAGGAGGCACAUUGAAACAAGCAAACGUUGUGGUUCAUUGCACAAAAUUGAAUGUUAAUACGGUCUUUACUUAAUUCAAUUUCCAGUAAUAUCAAUGUUCUCUUUGAUUUGUUGAUAUUCUGUCAAUGUGUAGAUUCCUGGGUUAUAUUCCGUCAUUAAACUGCUUGAUUUGUUGAUAUUCUGUCAAUGUGUAGAUUCCUAGGUUAUAUUCCGUCAUUAAACUGCUUGAUUUGUUGAUAUUCUGUCAAUGUGUAGAUUCCUAGGUUAUAUUCCGUCAUUAAACUUUUUGAUUUGUUGAUAUUCUGUCAAUGUGUAGAUUCCUAGGUUAUAUUCCGUCAUUAAACUGUUUGAUUUGUUGAUAUUCUGUCAGUGUGUAGAUUGCUAGGUUACAUUCCGUCAUUAAACUGCUUGAUUUGUUGAUAUUCUGUCAAUGUGUAGAUUCCUAGGUUAUAUUCCGUCAUUAAACUGUUUUAUUUGUUGAUAUUCUGUCAGUGUGUAGAUUCCUAGGUUAUAUCCCGUCAUUAAACUGUUUGAUUUGUUGAUAUUCUGUCAAUGUGUAGAUUCCUAGGUUAUAUUCAGUCAUUAAACUGUUUGAUUUGUUGAUAUUCUGUCAGUGUGUAGAUUCCUAGGUUAUAUUCAGUCAUUAAACUGUUUGAUUUGUUGAUAUUCUGUCAAUGUGUAGAUUCCUAGGUUAUAUUCAGUCAUUAAACUGUUUGAUUUGUUGAUAUUCUGUCAGUGUGUAGAUUCCUAGGUUAUAUUCCGUCAUUAAACUGUUUGAUUUGUUGAUAUUCUGUCAAUGUGUAGAUUCCUAGGUUAUAUUCCGUCAUUAAACUGUUUUAUUUGUUGAUAUUCUGUCAGUGUGUAGAUUCCUAGGUUAUAUCCCGUCAUUAAACUGUUUGAUUUGUUGAUAUUCUGUCAAUGUGUAGAUUCCUAGGUUAUAUUCAGUCAUUAAACUGUUUGAUUUGUUGAUAUUCUGACAGUGUGUAGAUUCCUAGGUUAUAUUCAGUCAUUAAACUGUUUGAUUUGUUGAUAUUCUGUCAAUGUGUAGAUUCCUAGGUUAUAUUCAGUCAUUAAACUGUUUGAUUUGUUGAUAUUCUGUCAGUGUGUAGAUUCCUAGGUUAUAUUCCGUCAUUAAACUGUUUGAUUUGUUGAUAUUCUGUCAAUGUGUAGAUUCCUAGGUUAUAUUCCGUCAUUAAACUGUUUGAUUUGUUGAUAUUCUGUCAAUGUGUAGAGUCCUAGGUUAUAUUCCGUCAUUAAACUGUUUGAUUUGUUGAUAUUCUGUCAGUGGGUAGAUUACUAGGUUAUAUUCCGUCAUUAAACUGCUUGAUUUGUUGAUAUUCUGUCAAUGUGUAGAUUCCUAGGUUAUAUCCCGUCAUUAAACUGUUUGAUUUGUUGAUAUUCUGUCAAUGUGUAGAUUCCUAGGUUAUAUUCAGUCAUUAAACUUUUUGAUUUGUUGAUAUUCUGUCAGUGUGUAGAUUCCUAGGUUAUAUUCCGUCAUUAAACUGUUUGAUUUGUUGAUAUUCUGUCAAUGUGUAGAUCCCUAGGUUAUAUUCCGUCAUUAAACUUUUUGAUUUGUUGAUAUUCUGUCAAUGUGUAGAUUCCUAGGUUAUAUUCAGUCAUUAAACUGUUUGAUUUGUUGAUAUUCUGUCAAUGUGUAGAUUCCUAGGUUAUAUUCCGUCAUUAAACUGUUUGAUUUGUUGAUAUUCUGUCAGUGUGUAGAUUCCUAGGUUAUAUUCCUUCAUUAAACUGUUUGAUUUGUUGAUAUUCUGUCAAUGUGUAGAUUCCUAGGUAAUAUUCCGUCAUUAAACUGUUUGAUUUGUUGAUAUUCUGUCAAUGUGUAGAUUCCUAGGUUAUAUUCCUUCAUUAAACUGUUUGAUUUGUUGAUAUUAUGUCAAUGUGUAGAUUCCUAGGUUAUAUUCCGUCAAUAAACUGUUUGAUUUGUUGAUAUUCUGUCAAUGUGUAGAUUCCUAGAUUAUAUUCCGUCAUUAAACUGUUUGAUUUGUUGAUAUUCUGUCAAUGUGUAGAUUCCUAGGUUAUAUUCCGUCAUUAAACUGUUUGAUUUGUUGAUAUUCUGUCAAUGUGUAGAUUCCUAGGUUAUAUUCCGUCAUUAAACUGUUUGAUUUGUUGAUAUUCUGUCAAUGUGUAGAUUCCUAGAUUAUAUUCAGUCAUUAAACUGUUUGAUUUGUUGAUAUUCUGUCAGUGUGUAGAUUCCUAGGUUAUAUUCCGUUAUUAAACUGUUUGAAAUAAAAUAAUGAUGAUAAUAAAAUCUGCAGAGCAAAAACAAACCAAACGCCGAAAUUUUACAUAUUGUAGUCAUACGUUCAGUCAAACAACAUUGUCGAUCUCCUCGAAUUUGUUAAUCUGAUAAAGUUGAACGCGCGUUAGAAGAAUUUUGAAUUAAACUAGUUUUGAAGUAACAGUAAAACGUGUUUAACGCUUUGAAUUUUUAUCGUUUUUGACAUGAACGGCUUUUCACAUUAGAGAGUAAUGAGUACAUUACUGGAUAUUGUGUACAUUAUUAGAAUAUUAUAUUUAUUUAUUACAAGCAUUCCCAUAUACAUUACUGGAUAUUGUGUACAUCAUUAUAAUAUUAUCUUUAUUUAUGACAAGCAUUCCCAUAUACAGUACUGGGUAUUGUGUACAUCAUUAGAAUAUUAUCUUUAUUUAUUACAAGCAUACCCAUAUACAGUACUGGGUAGUGUGUACAUCAUA